UUUUUUCUAUAGAAUCUUAUGCUCUUUUUUCCAGCCUUACAGUGUUUCUGCCAGCUCUGUACAAAAGACAAUUACACCUGCGUGACAGAUGGGCUCUGCUUUGUCUCUGUCACAGAGACCACAGACAGAGUUAUACACAAUACCAUGUGUAUAGCUGAAAUCGAUUUAAUUCCUCGAGAUAGACCAUUUGUUUGUGCACCUUCUUCAAAAACUGGGGCUGUUACUACAACAUAUUGCUGCAAUCAGGACCACUGCAAUAAAAUAGAACUCCCAACUACUGGCCCUUUUUCAGAAAAGCAAUCACCUGGCCUUGGUCCCGUGGAGCUGGCAGCUGUCAUUGCUGGACCAGUCUGCUUUGUGUGCAUCUCACUCAUGUUGAUGGUCUAUAUCUGCCAUAACCGAACUGUUAUUCACCAUCGAGUGCCCAAUGAGGAAGAUCCUUCAUUAGAUCGCCCUUUUAUUUCAGAGGGUACUACGUUAAAAGAUUUAAUUUAUGAUAUGACAACAUCGGGGUCUGGAUCAGGUUUACCAUUGCUUGUUCAGAGAACAAUUGCAAGAACAAUUGUGUUACAAGAAAGCAUUGGCAAAGGUCGAUUUGGAGAAGUUUGGAGAGGAAAGUGGCGAGGAGAAGAAGUUGCUGUUAAGAUAUUCUCCUCCAGAGAAGAACGUUCAUGGUUCCGUGAGGCAGAGAUUUAUCAGACUGUAAUGUUACGCCAUGAAAACAUCCUGGGAUUUAUAGCAGCAGACAAUAAAGACAAUGGUACAUGGACUCAGCUCUGGUUGGUGUCAGAUUAUCAUGAGCAUGGGUCCCUUUUUGAUUACUUGAAUAGAUACACAGUUACUGUGGAAGGAAUGAUCAAGCUUGCUCUGUCCACAGCAAGUGGUCUUGCUCACCUGCACAUGGAGAUAGUUGGUACCCAAGGAAAGCCAGCCAUUGCUCAUAGAGAUUUGAAAUCAAAGAAUAUCUUGGUAAAGAAGAAUGGAACCUGCUGUAUUGCAGACUUAGGACUGGCAGUAAGACAUGAUUCAGCUACGGAUACAAUUGAUAUUGCUCCAAAUCACAGAGUGGGAACGAAAAGGUACAUGGCCCCUGAAGUUCUAGAUGAUUCCAUAAAUAUGAAACAUUUUGAAUCCUUUAAACGUGCGGACAUCUACGCAAUGGGCUUAGUAUUCUGGGAAAUAGCUCGGCGCUGCUCCAUUGGUGGAAUUCAUGAAGAUUACCAGCUGCCUUACUAUGAUCUUGUACCUUCUGAUCCAUCCGUUGAAGAAAUGAGAAAAGUAGUUUGUGAACAGAAGUUGAGACCAAAUAUUCCAAACAGAUGGCAGAGCUGUGAAGCCCUGAGAGUGAUGGCUAAAAUUAUGAGAGAAUGUUGGUAUGCUAAUGGAGCAGCUAGGCUGACAGCUUUGCGUAUUAAGAAAACAUUGUCACAACUCAGUCAACAGGAAGGCAUCAAAAUGUAAUUCUGCAACUUUGUCUGAACUCUACGUUUUCUUCAGAUCUGCUCCUGGGUUUUCAUUUGGGAGGCCAAUUGUUCUACCUCACUGAGAGGGGACAGAAGGAUAUUGCUUCCUUUUGCAACAGUCUAUAAGGUCAAUUAAAAAUGUCCCAGGAUUUCUUUGGACCCAGAAAGCAGCCAUCUGGGUCCUUUCUGUGCACUAUGAACGCUUCUUUCCCAGGAGAGUUACAAAAUGUUAUAUAGUCUACCUUUAUUUUUUAUUAACAAAACUUGUUUUUUAAACGAUGAUUACUCUUCUUAACUUUAGGUAACUGCUGUGAUGAAGAUCAUCUUUAAGGGCAAAGGAGCUGGACUGUUGAGUUAUUUUUAAAGAAAGUGAUUUACUCCUGGUUAGUAGUACAUUCUCAGAGGAUUCUGAACCACUAAAGAAUUUCCUUGAUUCAUCUUUGAAUGUACUGUUCUAUAAUUUUUCAGGAUCUUAAAACUAACACUUAAAAACUCUUAUCUUGAGUCUAAAAAGGACCUCAUAUAGUAGUGAGGAACAUAAUGUAUGCAGUUAUAUUUUGUGUACUAUUAUGGUUCUUUCACAUAUUCAGAACAUUACAUACAUGCCUUCAAAAUGGGAUUGUACUAUACCAGUAAGUGCCACUUCUGUGUCUUUCUAAUGGAAAUGAGUAGAAUUGCUUGAAGUCUCUAUGUUAAAACCUAUAGUGUUUGAAUUCAAAAAGUUUAUUUAUCUGAAUAACUCAAACCUUUUCUUUCUUUUUUUUUUUUAAGGGGUUUUGUGGUAUGCCAUUGAUAUUCCAUUUUGAAAAUGCCUUUCUCCUACCAAAAUGUGCUUGAACCACUAAAGAAAUGCUGUGGCGUUAAUAAGCCGAUUAUUACCGUGAUCAUGUUGGAAUAGUCUCACUUUGAGCUUUUUAGAGUUCAGUUGUCUUGUCUGAAUAUAUUUUAAAAAGUCAAGUGGCACUCUAGAUGCUUACAGUGCUUUAAUGUUCAUAGCAUGUAGACUAAUUUUUCUAUAAGGGAAAGUUUGUCUAGCUGCGUGUGAAAAGUUGUGUGGUAUUCUGUACGCCAUUUUUUUUUCUUUAUCUGAUCAACAACAGUGUUAUUUUUUUAAGAAAUGAAUUACAUUUAAAAUAG